AUGUCACCGCGAAAUGUACACUGGCCCAAUCAGAUGAUUAUUGCAUGGAAAUUUUUUGCAGGACUGAUUCAGAAAUUUAUGAUAAAUGUAGUGUUGAAAGAUGAAAUGUCCAGGAAAACUGAAAGCAAAAGUCUAUGCACCCAGAAGGUUUUAUUUGUUGGGUCUGGUAUAUGGAGUAAGUUACGAUUACAAACCGUUUUUCCCCAUUUCAAAACAAUCGCUUACUUCCAAUUUUCAGUCACAUCGAUCACGGAUAGACCAGCUCUACCCGGGAAUCGCAUCACAUGGCUUCUCUUUCUAACGAUUACUGCCGGUCCACUAAACUGUUGCUUGUGCCUGAGUAUCUGGUUGGGCUCUAUGAAGAUUAUCAUUUGCCGUUUUAAAGUAUGCUGCUGCAGACAGAGUGCCGGUGUCGACCAGACUGUGCGGCAUGGCUCAAAGACACCUAAUUUCGGAGAACCCACUCCCAACAAAGCCUACGUGGAUAUACCGAAAGAGAUCACUGUAUCCGACUCUCGUGCGCAACAUUCCCCUGCGUUUCCUUAUUAUGUCGCCAACUGGCUACUCAGUAACACACUUUUCAGUGCGCUUGUACCCACUUUACAUUCUGUUUCCCAAUUAUCCACGUUGGAUCAUGAAGGGUUCACAAAACAGCUGGCAGUUGGUAUUCAUCAGUGGAUGUUCGCAAACAGUCUCAUGUUCCAGUAUCUCUUUAGCUUUCAAAUCUAUCAUCGGACUAUUGACAAAACUCAGUUUUCAGUAAACCACUGUGCCUCUGUUUUGGGGUGCACUUGUAAAAGUGCAAUAAUCCGCAUAUUCCACUUUGUUGGACAGUUAACCAACAGCACUUUAAAAUCAUGGUGUGCCAUGAUUCUACACAAACCUUGUCACAACUGUGGCUGCCAAGCCUUGUGUCAACAGUAUAAACUUUCUAUGUGUAUCAUUGUGUGGGUUUUGAACUGUGUGUUAACCAUUUUACCGAAAAUGUUCUCAUUCGUGUACACCACGUCUGAUGCACAGGGAGGUCAAAUAGAACAAGUCAUUCCAUAUAUUAUUCGCUCUUUUGGAACAUCGAUUCAGAUUAUUGGAAGUUUAUCGAUUAUUUGGAUAUUGUGGUAUCUACAAAGCUGGAUUGGAAAGGCUGAAUCUGCUAUGAGAGGAAAUUCAGUAGUAAGCCUCAAUACAUCUGCCAAAACACCUUCCACUGAAGUUUGUCCUUCCUUAACCCCACCGACUGACAACACGAGUGAAAGAACAUCCCAAAAGUGUGAUGAAAAAUUCAAAGGAUCCACCAGUUAUUCGAAGGCGAAAAGAUCCCUGCGGAUGGUGAUGUGUGAACUGGGCCUCACAGCAGUUCCGAGUGUUUUGCUUGACUUACUGGAAAUCUUCCGGCUUAAGGUUCCGGCCUGGAUGAAUGAGGUUGCUGCUGAUCUCAGCUUGCUCAAAACUUUACUGGACCCAUUGUUGUUGUUUUACGGCCUCCGAAAUCUUCGAGAACAUUGUCUGAUCUUGUGUGCCAACUGUCACGUGAUGUGCCAUCAAGAAGGAAAACGAGAGUGCCAUUCAGAUGACUUUAAUGUUGUAGCGUCAAGCACGACGAAGCAAAUAAUGGAGCUCCAAUAA